AUGGAGGGGUUCUCAAGGGGUGUGCUGUUGUGCUUGUUGUGUGCCAUUUGCCAAAUUAAUGGUGAGUAUCUUGUUAGUUUAAUACAGUAUUACCAUAGUGUAUUUUCAUAAUUAACUAAUCAAUUGAUUAAUCAAUCAAUUCAUUUAUUCAUUUCAGCAAAUGAGGGACCCGAUAUCAAUAAUUUAGUUUACAAUGUGUGUGAGGACGUUCCAGUAGGUGAGUUAAACAUUCAAUUCUCAUUUUAUAUCACCUUUGUGACAUUAUAGUUAAAUAAUUCAAACAUUUAUGUUCAUCUCCAUGAUUUUGUUUUUGUAGGUGAGGAGGCGUUCACUAUAGAUGCAACAGAUCCUGAUAAUGACCCACUGACCUUUUCUAUCUCUGGGGUCGACGCUGGAUUCUUUGUAGUUGAAGAAAACACUGGGAGAGUAACAGUCCAGAGACCCCUGGAAAGAGAUAAACCGGUAUGAUGUGAAGGAAGAACAGACACUUUAGUGAGAUAGAGGUUCAUUUUCAUUCUGUGUGUUUGGUGGAGGGUUUGUUCAGUUGGUUUAAUGUUUUCUAAAUGUUUCUUUUAUUCUUCCAGGGCGGUGAUACGAUGCCACUUGAUGUAACUGUCUCUGAUGGUAGAAACCCACCAGUGAGUAACACCUUAGCCAAAUUUAGUGUUUUAUUUCAAAUCUCUUUGGACAUUGUACAAUUGUGUAAAGAUUUUUUUUUUUUUCAGGUUAUAAGAUCCAUUAUUAUAGUACUCUUAGAUGCCAACGACAACAGACCCAUAUUUGAAACUGCGUCAAAUGAUUUCACUCUACCAGAAGUAAGUAAGACAUGUUUUGUUAAUCUGUUUCUUUAAAUUGCCUCUUCUUUGUGAUUUGUUGUUUUAAUGUAUGACUAAUUCAGUACAUUUCCAAUGAAUUUUCCACAUGUUAUUCAUGGGUGGAAUGUCAUGUUUUGUUUUUCUGUUUAUUCACCAAUCAUCACCACCAGAAUAUGGCUGUGGGUUCAUCCCUGUUCAGGAUGAUGGCCACUGAUGCUGACUCUUCAUCAGCUGCUGUUAUUCAUUACAGCAUUGAUGAUGUAAGUGAGUCCUCUAAAUCAUGUAUAUGUAUUUUAUCAUGUGAUUAAAUUAUAAUCCAAAGUUCUGGCGUUUCAUGACCUUUACUGAGGCAACAUUUACUCUUUCUUGUCUAGGUUACUCCAAGCUCUGGUCUUGGACUGUUUACCAUCGUCAGAAACACUGGUGAAGUCAAAUUACUUGGAAAUCUGAAUUAUACUGCGCUGAGCACUUUCUAUCGGUUGCAGAUAAAUGCCACUGUAAGUGUUGUGCUGUAUAUUUUUACCUUUAAUUCUAGUGAUAAACCUGUUUGUUUUUGUGUGGAGAGUAAAAUAGUUGCAUUAGUACUACUCUCUUGUCAUGUUGCUGCAAAAAUGCUAUAUUACACUCUCACUGAAAAUUGCAAACAAUUGGCUUAUCUCUGUACAUUUGUCAUGACAAGGUAACCAGGCAAUUUGCAGAGAGCCCUGGCAAAUCCUGGAAAAAAUAAAGUUGUCUGUUUAAUCCAGAAUGUAAACAGUGUAAAGCAGUAUGUUGUUUUUGUAUUUUGCUGGAUAUAGAUUGUGUUACAUUAAGACAGAGCUGGACUAGCUGUUAGCUGCAGGAUCACUUUAUACACUGCAGGCUGUAGAUACAUCAGCAAAGACUAAUUAAAGGUGGUCUUCCUUUACUAACCCUCAAAGAGAAAAUCGAACAAGCACUUUGGUCAAUCAGAAUAUGAUGGGCUGUUAGGGUUUUUAAUGAUUUAUUUUUGUUGUCUGUUAUGCCAAGUGCAACAUGGGCAAUGUGUUAUAAGUUUUUUUGUGGAUGCUUGUGGUAUGUGCAUCUCUGUAUGUGAAAUGUUAUACAAUGGAUUAACCAAUUUUUCCUCAUUUCCAUGGUUAUUUAAGAAAAUUUCCUGCAAGGAGAAUUUGAUGUACUGCAUUGCAUCUCAUCCCAUUGCAUUGUAUUAUAUUGUAGCAGAUCAAAUUGUAUCAGUAAACAACUGAGAGCAGGCUUCAGAGAGUACUUUAACAUUGACAUCUUGGUUUUGGUCUGUUAAGCAUAGAAUUCAGUUGCUUUUAGUCAUCAGUCUACAUUUAAUCCAUCUCAUUGCACCAGUACAGUUGUGCAUAAUAGUUGUCCUUAAUAGCUUUUAUCACGUCACUUCAGCAUUUUGAAUUUGUAACUGUAGUAGAUGUAUUUUCUGUCCUAAAACCUUAAACUUUCUCUCUCUAUAACAGGAUGGUGGAGGUAAAUGUCAUUUCAGUGAGACAGUGUACCACUCAAGUAUUGCUUAUGCCCUCAUUACUGUUGAAGACGUCCCAGAUCUUGACCCGCAGUUUCUUAAUGUUCCUUACAUGGCGAGGGUUGAAGAGAAUUCCCCUCUGGUAAGUGGUCAUAGAUUUCAUUGUCCUGUUACAGAGAGCGUUUAUUUGUAACAAGGCUGGUUUUAAAAAGGAAAACUGAAAAAUGUAUUAGUUAUAUUGUCAUUAUAUCCUCCAGUCAAUUCUACUAGCAAUUGAAAGAUAAUACAUAAUAAAUUCUGUAAUAUCUUUGUGAUGAAUUUUAUGUCCAUCCAUCUUUGUUGGGUUACAUUUUGGUAACCCAACAAAGAUGUAACACGAAUCUAGCUGAGGCUAUAUUGAUUUUUUUUCUUCUUAUUAUUUUUUUAAAUAGAUGGCAUAUUCCCCAUAAUCUUUUUUUUCCCUUGCAGGCACAGUCUGUGUUCAAAGUCACUGCUAUAGACCAGGACACAGGAGUCAACGAUGAAAUCACCUUCACCAUUGAAGGUUUGCCUCCAAGUUCAAAUAAAAAGUCAGACCAUUACUCUUUUUGGAUUAAAUGAUAAUUGAGUAAGGACGUGUUUUUCCUCUGCUGUUUGACAGAUUCCACAGUAGACGGCUUGUUUCAAAUCUCCAAUGAUGGCACCAUAUCUGUGUCAUCAAACAUUGACAGAGAGGAAUUGGGAGACACUGACACUGUAAUACUGACUGUGAAGGUACCGUUAUCCUUCGCCAAACACAAAGGGCUCUAUUUUUGUGUACGCCGGUGAGGCGGCGGAGGGUGACGGACCCCGGGCAGUUGUAUUUUCGUCUGGCGGAGCCCAGCGUACAGCCAGUUUGGUAUUUUCGUGGACUGAGGCGCACGGAGGUGAACCGAGAUCCGCCAAGCUGGGUGUGGUGGCGUGGCAGGGGGAGGUGUCAACGUAAUCAGCGGGCGCAUUGACAUUUUUCGUGCUCGCCACCGGCGUAUAGAGUGCGCAAAAAGCUUGACGAUUCAAACCUGGUCAACUUUCAGCGCAGGCGGAGCGCAGCUGGUCUAGAGGUAUUUUGGUAGACCGGUGGCGUAUCGACAUACAUCACCGUUGCCUCACCGGCAGGUUUCCACAGUGUUAGGCACAUUUCAGUGCAAUGAAUAUUCAUCAACAACGAAUAUUCUGAAUCAGCACAUACAUUUAGAUCUAUAUCGAUAUAUUCUGAUCUAUAUCUGAUCUGAUGAGCGCAACCUGACCGAAUCAACACAGCUGAAACCGCAUUAAAUUAAAUUAAAUAUCUAGUAAAUAAACACACAUGAUGAAGUUAACAAGAUAAGUAAUUCAUCGCCCUUCUUUUCUUUCUUCCUCUUCCUCUUAUUUCUCGCACAGCUCGACCUGGACACGUCUCCGUGUCCUCUCUCUGUCCUGCUGCAGCAGCGGCUGAACAGAUUAUUUGUUUCAGAUGCGUUAUCUACUUUAAGCCGACAUACGGAUAUUAUAAUAUUCAGUUUUGUGAGCCAAAUUUAUUUUAUAUGCCAACAUCUAUGAAAGAAAGAGCCAGGCCACAGAGCGCGAUGUGUCAUUUAUGCACAGAUGGUUUCGAUUUUAAUGCCAUUUUUGGAAUUUAUGUUGUGAUCUGUGCGCUCAACCCACCUUUGACCUCACUUACGCCCGCAUUUUUUGAACAAAAAAUAAAAAAAACUUUCCUUCAAAAUGACCUGUUUAUCUGAUGUUCUCACAUUCCUAAAAUUCUGUGAAUAUUCAAUCCAGAGGCAGGCCUCCAUACAAAUAUUAUAAUAUUCAGUUGCGUGAGUUCAUUUUAAUUGCCAACAUCUAUGAAAGAAAGAGCCAGGCCACAGAGCGCAAUGCAUCCUUUACCCACAGGUGGUUCCAAUUUUAAUGCCAUCUUUGGAAUUUAUGUAGUGAUCUGUACGCACAACCAACCUUUGUCACAUGAGGUUUAAAUAUAUGCAACUUGAUGGGAGUGUCUUUGUUUGUGGAAAAGGGUGUUUGUCUUACCCAACCUGACACACAUUAAAUCCCUCUAUGAGAGAUUGUGAAGGACACCCACCACAGUGGGCUUUUUGUCACCAUCCUGUGACAAUGCUGUCUUCAGCCAUCUCUUGAUCUCUUUGACUACUUCACGAAAACUGUAAUACACCUCGCUAUUGGCAGAUUUAAAGGUGAGGAGAGGAGCUGAUGUGAUCGGUGAAAACAGGUCUCGGCUGUGUUCAACCCACUCCAUGCCUUCUCUCCUCCCUCUCUACUACUUACGCUGCAGGGAGGAGCUGAGUUAGGGAGGGGGGAAACUUGCGCCGCUCACUAAAAUACCAAAAUGUGCUUGGGCACGCCUUGUCGGCGCGGCGGACUUGACUUACACCCGUGCCUGCGCCACGCCAGUGGCGAGCCACAAAAAUAGAGCCCCAAGUCUCAUCAUGCCCUACCUUAACUCCUUUACAUUUGUGAUAAUUUCUAUUAAGCAGGUAAGCAUUUUUGUAUUCACUGGGCUGUUUGAGGACUGACUCCCUUUCAAAGCCAGCCUCAAGUGGCCAUUCAAGGUACUGCAGCUUUGGCCCAUCCACAUUGUCUGUUUAAAAUUUUAUGAAAAAAUAUAGGGGGUUCAAGAUUUCUCAGUUUUGUGAGUGACCAAGAAAACUGAGCAUGUCUACAAAAAUAUAGGAGCAAGAAAUUCAAACAAAGAUUUCACAACAGCUGUGGUUCAAGUGAUAAAUCAGCUGAUAUAGGCAAUUAAAUUCAGCCUGGUUGAUUGUACGAUAACCAUACAGAUCGAUUUCUUUUCUAAAGGACUGUACAUCCCCAUUAACUGCAUAUCAAAUCCAAAUUUAUUGAUAUGAUCAUUUCAAAUAUAGUUCCUUUUUCCAACCUGUAAUUUUCAGGACGUAAACCAAAUUACACUUGAACAAAAACAAGCUUUUGCCAUGAAUGCAAUUGUUUUCUCUGAUGAGGUAAACUUCAGAUAAGUACAAGAAGAUAUCUCACUCAAGCAACAUCAUCUUACUACUUACAUCAUAUAAAAACUACUAACAGUGGCAUGUUUGCACAUAAGCUUGACUGUUUUUCAGCCAAUGCCACGGCAAAAGAGACAUGAUGGGCUGCUGCUAUAAUUAAAAAAAAUCAAUAAUGUUGUAGAUGGCAUGAGAUUCAGAUUUAGGCAUCCAUGCCUGGAUGCACCUUACUGUUCAGGCCACAUUUAUUGCGGAAGGUGCGUCUAUAAAAAAAUAAAUAAAUAAACCCGCUGUCUAGAAUACUAAUAUAUGCCUUGGCACACAAUGCACACUAAUAGGAAAUUUGGGGGGGCAUUUUUUUUUGUUUUUUUCCUCACCCCCUCCCCAUUUCAGAGGUGUAUUCCCUGCAACACACCCCCUGCGUGCUCUGCAUCUUGGGGCCGUUACUAAGCCUGUCUGGGCAAUAACAAUAUGUGCAUGCCUUGCUCAUUUGCAUUAAGAACAUUUGUUUUACUUUCUCUUAAGGCCACUGAGGCUAACUUAAACAUCCAUGGGGUCUACGCAAACACCACAGCAAAUGUGCAGAUUACCAUCAUUGACACCAACGACAACAAACCAGAGUUUGCUGAGGCCUCUUAUGAAUUCUUUGUCAAAGAAGGGGAAAAAGGUAUUUAUUUAUUUAUUUUUCAAGACCUGUGAUUGUUCAUGGCUGUGUGACUCGUUUUUUCAUGAGGUUUCUGUGUCUGAUCAGGGGCUUUUGUGGGUUCUGUCACUGCUGAGGAUCCGGACCAAAUUGAGGACUUUAACCGUAUUUCUUUUGGCAUUGUUGAUGGAAGCUUUGGCAGCUUUAUCAUACGCACCCAUGCAAUGGAGCGGGGUUACAGGGGCAACCUCGCUGUGGACCCUGAUAUUGAGCUGGACUACGAGAGUGACCGCAAGCAGUUCAGACUGCUGGUGGAGGCAGUAGAUCCAGGACAGUUAAGUGCUGAAGUGAUGGUUGUUGUGAAUGUGGAGGAUGUGAACGAUGAGCGGCCCGAGUUCAGGCCAACAGCACCUGUUACUGUGAAGGAGAACACCACCAUCAGUGAGGCUGUCGGGAGAUUUACAGCCCAGGACAGAGAUGGAAACCACUCUCUGGUCUACGAGCUGGAGUCCAUCAAAUGCAGAUGUAACGGCUCCCUGACACCCUGCAGCUACUUUCUCCUGGAUCCUACAGGAGAAGUCAGACUGAACCCUGAGAUCGUAGUGGAUUAUGAACAAUGUGACCAAGUGCUGAUGGAGGCUCAGGUGGUGGACGAGUUUACAGAGAAAGGAGAGAACAACAGUGUCACAACAGGUCAGCACUUAUCAGUUUGCAAACAAAGAUGGCAUGCCAAUCAACAAAUCUGUCCUACAUAAAGAAACAAGUGAAUUAACUUCAUUUUCCUUGUAUUGUUUCAGAACAAAUGGUGAUCAACAUCGAAGACAUCAAUGACAACAUCCCAGAGUUCAUUUUGUCAGAUUCUGUCUUUGGUGAGUGCGGAUUAUUGAGAUUAGAUUAUUUUGGACAGAAUAUGAGUUACAUUCCAGGCAGCAUUUGUAUGUUUUGUUUUUUGCUGUUUGUUAUUUUUUUUUGUUGUAUUUUAUUUUGUUUUUUAAUGCCUUUAUCUGUGGCCCAGGACUUUCAGCCUACACUCAAUGGAUGUAGCUUUUUUAGAGCAGUUUUUCCUGCACCUAACACCCCUUUGCAACAAUGCUUGAGAGCCCUUAUAGCUGCCUCAGGAGCCCCCAUGAACUAAAAUAUGGUCUAGGUACACAACACAUUGUUAUCUGGCCCUCAUUCUCCUCUGAUGAUGAGAACUGACAGUGAAGCACAUCCAGUCUUUGAACUCAAGCAGGAACAGCCACAGCAUGCAUAUCAUAUAGCAGGGAGAGCCUCAACCCCACUGCCCUGCCUGUGAGAAUCUCAAAUAAUGCUGCCGUCAGCUGACACAGUCACUGAAAUUGGGUAAAAUUAGUUAUUAUCUCCAACGGCCCCUGUCUUGAAAGUACUGCAUGAACUUUACUUCAAUUACUACACAAAGUUGAAUCUUGACCUGCAAUCCAUCAUUUCUGUUUGAUAUGUCAACAUGUAAAAAACAGUCUCUUUCUGCUUUUGGAUUUUAGUCGUGGUUUCAGAAAGUGCAAGUAAGGGAACAUCUGUCGCAAGAGUCACGGUGAGUAUAAGAGAAAACUAUUAUGAUUUUAGUUCAAUAAUGAUGACUCACAGCAAGAAGUCCUGACAGUCUGGUUCGGUCAUGUUGUUGCUCUCAGGCUUCAGACCAGGACUCUGGAAUAAAUCGUCGGAUUGAGUUUGAAGUGACAGCAGUCCGGUUUAAAGACAGCAGCAAUCAAACAAACAACAUGGGGAUGCUAUUUGAGGCUGUCACCACACAGCAAAAAGACAUUUAUGUUGGUGUAAUUCAGUAAGUACAAAGUUUUUGUUUUUUUUUUAAUGUAAAUUGUGUUUAAAUUUGAUUUUGUUUUGUAGGUAUAUAUAUAAUAUAUAUUUGUAGGUUUAUAAUAGAAGUGAAAUUUAUGUUUCAAAGUUGAUGUAAUUCUUGUAAGAAGACUUAAAGAAAAUGUAAAGAUCCAAAAUGUUAUGAAAAAGCAUGGAUUAACCAUCAAGAAAUGCAAAACAAUGUGUGGGCACAAAUUGUAAGGAAAAAAAAGAAAAGAAAACAGAAGAAAAAUAAUUAAUUAGAAGCACUAGGUUACGGCGGAGUAUUAGGGCCACAUUAACGAAAAAAAUUAAGACUUUGAGAUUAUUUUAUGAGAAUAAAGUCUGUACUAACAAGAAUAUAGUUGUAAUAAAAUCAUUACUUACAAGAAUUACUUACGAGUCUUAAAGUAAACUACUUACGAGAGUACAAUCAGAAUGAAGUCCUUAUAUUCUAACCUGUUGUUUAAGAUGACAGUUGUUGAAAUGAGAGCCAUGGAGCAUUUCGUGAAAAUGUGCUUCAAAAUAGGUUUCUCGAAAAAAGAAUCUUUUGGCACAUCAGCACCACAUUAUCAUAAGUAUCAUAAGGAUUUUAGUACAACUUUAUUUUGGUAACUAAUGACUUUAUUCUCGUAAAUUAACAACUUUAAUUUCGAAGUCUAUUUUUUUUUCCCUUAAUGUGGCCCUAAUAUUCUGUUAUACUAGGUGACAUAUUGAGACACAUUUCUGAAAGGUGACCACAAAGACAAAACUGAAAAACAGCACAUAGAGACAUGAAUUGCUAAAUAAAGGGAUACUAGGGGACUUCAAAAUAACAGAAAAUAGCAUAAAGGUAGCAGUAUGUCAACAAAGAAAAACAAAAUUUCUUUUUGAAAGGACAGCUGAUUAAAAAAUGUUUUCAGUCUCAGGUAUCUUGUGGAAGAGGUGGCGAUACAGUCGUCUCAGUGAUACCUGCACUCAGGUCUGUGUUGUUGUCUCAUCCACUCUCCACAGAACUAUGGGUAGACUUGAUGUGACCCUGACAGGAAAGUAUCUGGUAACAGUAAGAGCAACUGACACUGGUGGCCUUUAUGCCAGCACUGAGCUUGAGGUGAGGGAUUAAAAUCAUGGAGCUGGAUUGUUUUUCUGACCUCUCUGUGUAUUUCAUCCUGUAAGAAAAUACCAAAAGGGCCACAGACUGUGUUAAUAACACUGUUGUUAUUAUUUUGCAGAUAUUUACAGGCAAACAAUCAAACAUAGUUGUGCUUGAAUUUUCAUCUUCUGAGGAGGAGGUCAGAAGAAAACUCAACGACAUCAUCAGGUACACUUCUACUUAGGUGUAGUUAAAGUUUGAUUGCAGAUAUACUCCUCUUUAAUUUUAUGUUUUUUGACAUGUAAAUUCAUUGUUUUUUUCCUUUCCCAGGGCGCUCACUGCUGCCACCGCGGCUUCCAUAGAAAUUGUAAAAAUCACUGAUGAAAUAUCAACGUAA